GUUGCGUCGACCGUUGCUCGCGUGUGACGUAUGUCGCUUCGCUGCCGAAAUUUCGCGCUAAAGUUUACACUUGAGGAUCUGAAAAUGAGAUAAAUAGAAAAUUUCUGAAGUGUUACUAGUGCCAUAUAGUGGAUGUUUGGUGACUUAAGAAACAAUACAGUGAUAGUUUUAGUGUUGUAUUGUUUAUUAUUGUGCUAAGAAUGUACGACAGUUAAGUUGGAGUUAAGCGUUUUAAAAAAAUGUGUUGUGAGGUGGGCGCGUAGGAUUGUUUGACAGUGCUAAUUGUAGAAAGUUUGCGCAGCCAUCAUGAGGACCGAUCGGCUGCUUUCACCGUUUACUCUGCUGCUGUUCAUUUGUACAGUCGGAUGCGAGGAUGUGGGCAUACCAGGACUUCAUGACGCGCGAGAAGGUGACGACGUGACGUUGUUAUGUCGGUUCGACCCCGUGGCCAACCUGCCCAACAUCACCUACUACUGGGUGCGGACAACAGAGAGUGAAGUAGAGAAUGUCGCCUUUGGGGAACUCACACUACAGAGCGCUUAUAGAAUCACAUAUGAGCCGAACGACGGCCGCUUCGACCUGUUGAUCACGAACGUGACUUACGAGCGUGACAAUGGAAAGUUCGAGUGCCGGGUGCGGCAGGGGGGCACCGGACGGCUGUUCCACACGCAGGCCCACAGGCUAGUGGUGCUGACGCAGCCAGGGCCCCCCACCGUGGCCCCUGGGCACCAGGUCCUCGCGCAAGAGGGCCGCGAACUCAAACUGACUUGCUCCAGCGUUGGCGGAUCGCCCGAACCCUCCAUCGAAUGGUUACGGGAGGGAUCCACGUACCCGUUGGACGCUGAAGUGGUGCAUGGGAAGACCAGGGAGAUUCCGUCAGUGGCCACCUUGACCUUCACUCCGGCUCGCGAGGAUGAUGGGGCCACCUUCCGGUGUAUCGUCAAGAAUCGCGCCAUGCCAGAGGGGCAGCAGCUCGAUGCGAUUGUCGAUCUCAGCGUCAACUACUACCCUCGCGUGGAAGUUGGCCCUGACAAUCCUCUUCGGGUGGAAAUCGAUGGCACUGCGACGAUGGAUUGCAAGGUGGACGCGAAGCCGCAAGUCAGCUCCGUGAAGUGGACUAGGAACGGCAAAUACAUAUCCAACUCCUUCACUCACUCCAUCCCCGGCGUCACCAGCCAGGACGCUGGCAAGUACACCUGCACAGCCGACAACGGUCUCGGCAGACCAGGCGAAAAGGAAGUCUACCUAGACGUCCUUUUUCCGCCGAGCGUGACCGUUGAGUCAAAAACGUAUGAGGCCGAAGAGGGUGGCAAUGUGGAGAUCCGUUGCGAAGUAUUCGCAAAUCCUGAACCUAUAUACAUUGAAUGGACCAUGGAAGGCAAGCCCGACUUUCAACAGAAAGGGAAUACGCUAGUAUUGAGGAAAGUUAACGCCGAUAUGGCCGGGACUUAUGUAUGUCGAGCGGCGAAUGUUAUAAAUUCAAGCAAUGGGAAGAGUGUAGAGCGUGCUAGCAGCGCGUCUGUGGCGGUGCUGGUGCGGCACAAGCCGGGGCGCGCGCGCAUCAGCCCCGACCGGCCCGUGGCGCAGGAGGGCACGGCCGUCACCCUCACCUGCAGCGCCAAGCCGCCCGGCUGGCCCGCGCCGCAGUUCCGCUGGUUCCGCGACAACGGCAACCCCGACGCCAAACCGGCCAUACUUGCUACCAGCAACCAGUACACCAUCCCGAGCGCCCAUCUCGGAAGUGAGGGCGUCUACCGCUGCCAAGCUACCAACGAGCUCGGACACGGCGAUCUCGCCUCCGUGACCCUCGAGGUCCAUCAACCGCCGCAUUUCCAGUCGAAACUUCCUCUUCACAUGACGAAGCGAUCUGGCGAAGAAGACUACUCCAUAUCUUGUAGUGCCCAAGGAAAACCGAGACCAAAUAUCAAGUGGUACAAAGAUAAUGCUGAAAUAAAACCCGAUGCGAAUUUGUAUGAGGUUAAGACUGAUUUCACGGAAGGCAGCAACGCCGUGUUCAACGUACAAUCAACGCUCAGGUUCAAUGGAAAGGCGAGAAGCAACUUAAAUGAUUUAAUACCUGAUGACAGGGGAACGUACACGUGUUCAUUUGAGAAUGAAGUUAAGAGAGUCGACUCAUCUAUGACGCUAAGAAUAGAACAUCCACCGCUCGCUAUAAAACAGCAAAAGAAAGUAGCAUACGACCUAAUGGAGACAGCCGAGAUUUCGUGCAGAGUUCUCUCGUUCCCAAAACCAGAAUUUCAAUGGCUGUAUGGCUCUAGUACUUCUCCACUGCAAAUGUCAUCCGAUGGUCACUACGACAUCAAUACCACGACGAACAACAACGAUUCGUACUACAGCGUGUUGAGGAUAAAGAACAUUAGUCCGAGGGAUUACGGAGACUAUUACUGUAAAGUUACAAAUGCGCUAGGCAGCAUUAAGCCGCAGAUUAGGUUACAGCCGAAAGGCGCUCCGGAAUCGCCUAAAUUGCUGUCCGUACAGAAGGUGGGGCCUUCGUAUGUGACAUUGAAAUGGGAGGCAGGGUUUAACGGGGGCUUGUCGAGCACGAAGUACUUCGUGUUGUAUAGACGCGUGGGCAGGAGCGCGGCGGGCGGCGAGCGCUGCGGCAGCGAGCGUGCCGGAGACCAUGAUUGGAUGGAGUACGACUGCGGACGCAUCAACCCCUGUAACGUCACACGCCUCGAGCAAUACAGCUCCUACACCUUCAAGGUGAAAGCGGUGAACACGAAGGGCCAGAGCAACUAUUCUAAUGAGAUCACCGUGACGACCAAAGUGGACGAGAUACCGCCUCCAGAGCAAGUGACUUACGACCCGGCUACUAAGACUGUGGUGUUCACUGCUGGACCCACUUGCCUCUCCCUCAUUGGGGUCGCCGAGGGUCUUGGAGCUGUUGGAGGAUGGCAGGUGGUGGACACGAUACCUCUCCAGCUGUCCGGAACGUCAUCCACGAUUCAGGACAAGGUGCUAGACCCACCUAAAUCCAGCAGGUCCACUGGCCGCCACUUCGCCGAGCCGCCUCUAGACGACCUCAAUCCUCGCCUGAAGGUCAAACUGUGUCUUCUACCUGGUCAAGAAAUCUGCAGCAACUACACUGAAGCGGAGAUCGGCACAUCAUACACGAAAGACGCGGCGGCGUUGACGACCGCGACGCUGAUCGCCAUCGUGGUCUCCUGCCUGGUCUUCCUGCUGUUCCUCAGCCUACUAUUCAUAUUCUGCCGCUGUAAACGCAACGAAAAUGUCAAAGAGACCUCCAAGGACUACGAAAUGGACUCAAUGAGACCGCCUAUGUCGCCGCAAAACCAAGCGCCGCCUCCUUACUACCCCAGUACGGGCAUGGAGAACAAAGCUCUGGAACAUUCCAUGGAUUUGGCCUUAGAAGACUCGAAAAACGCGGUGUACGCCACCCAAGGCGGCUACGGGUACCACGUCGCACCACACGCCCAAGGACAUCCAACCCAAAACAUGCCCAGCUCAGAAUGGGUGAACAUGGGAUACAUAGAGAACAGUUAUACGAAUAGUAACAACGGGGGGAGUGUGAACUCUCAGGACUCUUUGUGGCAAAUGAAGAUGGCUGCGGCGAAUAACGCAGCGGGUAUGCCGGCGCACCAGAUUAUGGACAGACAGAGUAAUUAUGGGUACGACCCGAUAACUCACGGGGGUUAUGGUACCAUAGACGACUACGCCCCGUAUCCGCACCUACCGCACCAGCAACCGCCGCCUGGAGACUACAACCUGCGAGGCAGCCAGAACCCCUCACGACAAGAGUACUGCUCCGACCCCUAUGCCUCCGUCCACAAGCCCAAGAAACGCAUGGACCAACAUAUUGAAUCUCCGUACCAUGAAGUAAGCGGGCUGCCGGAGGCGUACGGCGGGGGCGGCGAGGAGGUGGGAGGUGAAGACAAGCCGCCGCACCUGUCCCUCAGCUAUGACGAGUCCCUAGAGUCAGGAUACUCCACGCCCAAUUCCCGCGCUCGCCGCGUCAUCCGAGAGAUCAUCGUAUGAACGUUCACCACUGAUACUCACUACAGGGCCUAGUGUCGAGGUUCUAGUCCGUUCGGAACGUCAAAUUUGAAAUCAUGACGUCAUAAUUUUUAUAUUAAUUCGUUUUAUAUUCAAAAUCAGGAUUUAGAAUAACAGAUUUCAAAAUCGAGAACUAGAACUUCGGCACUGCUCAGUAUUGGACCAAGUCACUGCCGCUAAAGUACAACACAGGUAGGUCCUUGUUGUUGAAUUCUCGAUUCAGUAAUGAGUGGUCCUAGGUUUCAACUUCUUCAACGCUUAUUUUAAGCUGAUUUGCAGCUGUCCUAAACACUAUUAUGUUAUGACUGGUUUUUAUAGAGCGACUGCAUAUUUAGUGCAAAUGCUUUGAUUCAAACAGAGCAGGCUUUCGUUUGUACAUUACUUUUACAUUUGACUUUAAACCUCUUUACAAAGUGGAAGCUUUUUGAUUUCGAGGACUUAUUUAUGGAGGGAUAUGAUUGCACGUCUAUUGAAGAAGAGUAUGUAUACAAUGAUAUAUUGUUUAUUUUAGAAAAAAAAAAACAAUACGGCUUCGAUUUUUUUAUAGGUAAUCAAGAAAUAGUGUAAAUAAAACUCAGUUAUAGUCGUCUCGACAACAAAGCGACUGUAAAUAAAUGAUUUGAAAUUUUACAAGGCAUCUCGUCCACUUUUUUGUAUUGCUUACCUUACUUUAAGUAUGAUCUGAUAUGGGUACUUAAAGUAAGGUGCGAGGGUUGUAAAAUCAUCGAAAACCUAACGUUGUGAUUGUUAUGUCAAUUGUGAUAGUAGCAUGAGUGUCCCGGUGUGGACCAGAGAUUUGAGUGUGAGCAGUGGUUUGUGGGCAUAUAUUAUAAAUAAUAAAGAGAGUGGAGUUGCCGUUACGAGUAAAACGUUACAAAUAGCAGCAACUAUAAUAGACAACAACAACUUCAGUUGCUACACAUUUGAGUAGCAGCGCUCUGAACAUAACUAAUGCAUUUAGGUUCCAUUGACCAAAAAUAAACCAGCAGCAUUAAACAGAUAAGCACGAAUAUAAUAGGCAGAUAUAAUACGUUGGCCAUAAUUAAUUCGUUAUAAUAUCGAGAAAAUUUGAACCCCUGCUAUGUGAAGUUGAUAUCCCCACGGGCCGCUCGCUCGCACAGAGUUGUUGUACUCGUUAAAUAUUAAUGAAACGUUGAUCACAGUUCGUAAAAUGUUAUUCAUAUUAAAUAUUAGCUACUAAGUAUAUUUUAAAUGUCUCUAUUAAGACAUCACAUUCUUUAACUGACAAUUGGAGGUUGUAUUGAGGUACAUUUUUACCUCCCUUUAUCCUAGUUGUAAGUUGUAUAUGUAUAUUAUAAUGCCUGUUAUUCUUCAUGUUUUGGAAGAUGAUUAACAGGAAUUUCGACUAAAUUCGUUAGAUAUUAAAUGUUUAUAUUGUAAGAAGUCGGGCUAGUAGUUGUUAGGCAAUAUGCAACUGCACAAGCCCGUCUGCGUCUCAACACAAAUUAUAAAUACGACGUAAAGCUAGUUAAGGAGUAAGAGAUACCGCACUGAGCACACUUUGGCAUAAAAGUGGAUCAUGUUGUACAUAGAACGAUGCACAAUACUGAGGAGUUGUAGGACCGCGUCUUAAGAAUAAUAUUUCAUCAUCACAUCUCGUUCAUUCGUCUGACUAGAUAGUAAAUCCUGUGCAAACAUAACUAGGUAUCUUUCGUAUCCAAUUAGCGAACAAAAUUUGCAGAGCGACGGGUCUUGCAAAACUCGAGCAAUAUUUUUAUAGCGUCCUAUUAGAGGCCAUACUCAGUUAACAGUUUACAUUUUACUGUCUUCAUUGAUUCAACCAUUCAUAGCCAUAAAUACUGAGUUAAUGCUACACUUUUAUCUCGGCUGACUUUCUUCUUUCACUCUAUUUAAGCCUAUGAUUGGUUGAAAUGUGAGAUACGUUAUUCAUAGAAAGUUGAGUACCGUCUCUAGGUUUUAAUUGUAUUCUUUAUCUAUGCGUGCGACUUACCUCUGACACAUCCUACGACAAUAUUGACCUUCGUUUAUGAAUAAAGUUCGCAUUUAUUAGCAUUUAGGUAGAUCAAUAUUGUAUUACUGGAACUAUUUCUCAGCAUUCGAGGUAGAAUACUAUGUCUGGCGUGAGAAUGUUUACAAGUCGCUGCACAUUGACAAUGAACCGAGACAUCCUGGAGUGGUUAGUAGAGAAUUUUUAGAAUUUAAGUUGUUUUCAGAGAGAGGUGUUUGGCUGGUUGCCGGCCAGCGAUGCGUUCGGAAAAGCAUCAGCGUUUUCAUUUCAUAGGUGUCGGCGCACUUUCCAAACACUAAACGCGUCGCUCUGAAAUCACCCCUACGAAUUUUCAAUCAUGAUAAAUUUCUCGGAGGCUAGUCGUACGUUUUAAAACACGAUCUGAAAGCUGUAAAUGUUAAACACUGGCUCUCAGUGUGGGUUCUCAAAAAAGAGCUUAAAAUUGAAAUUUACGGAGUAUAUUACGAAUAGAGGAAGACUGUUGUAGAUAUAAUUGAAAUUGGCAAUUUUAUAAUUUUCUCGAUCCUUCAACAAUUCCUUUCAUUGUUACAGUAAAAGGUUUCUUCAAUUAUAGUAUAAUAAAUUCGCGAAAGAAGUUCUGCGAAUAAAUAUGGCUAUUGUUUUAACAUUAUAUUCCUCUGCAAGAUUUUAAAGAAGUAUUAAAAAGUGCUUUUUAUAAAGUAUAUUUUGUUUAUAAACACCGGUAUAAUUCUGCUGAAACAACUAGGUAAUAGGAUUCGCGACAGUCAUGUGUCAGUGGAGCAGGUUUAAUGUACAUUAGCAUACCAACUGGAUUACUCCGCCCCAGCCCUAGCCGGUUGCGCCAUUACCAACCGCUAAUGAAUGCACGAAUACACCUAAUCUCAUCAUUAACAGAAACACGUUAACGAACACACCAAUAAUCAAACAAUGUUUUGUAUUAUGCAAGAAUCUUAUUCCGUAUAUUUUAUUCUGUUUACAAAAUGUUCGUAGUACUGAUAUUAGAACGUACAAAGAACGUAAAUCCCCCGUCAGUGCCCGAUUAGACAUUUUUUUCUCAAUCUUACACAGUACACAGUUACAUUAUUUCAGCAUUUCAUCCGGAUUAUCUUUCAAAUACGUCGAGGAGGAGUAAAUCCCGCUUUUGUAUGUUUAAUUUAAGGCAUUUGUAGGCACAAGGCCUUCAAAGAAACGAGAUAAAUAAAAAGAGUGACGUUAUGAUGAAAUUUGUAAUGCGUAUAAUCUAAUCAUGGAUAUUUUCUUGCAUUAUUACUUUUGUAAUAUGCGACAACUUACAUUAAAACAGUAAUAAUACACAAAAAAGUAUGUUUUGCUUCAAAAUUAGUUUCAUAAACACCAACUAAAACUAAUUCCAAAACUACUGUGAAAUUUUGGUGUGCGUGGAAGGGAUUUUAAUUUAGGUAUAUUGUCCGCGCGAGUGCUCCGUUGUAAAGUGACCUCUGAUCCUUUCUGAAAGUUCAGCUAAGUUGCUUUUGUGAUUGUCACCGCCGGUCAGUUCCCAGCCUCUCAUUAGUGUACUGACAAUGUCAGCAAUUUACCCUUUCCAAAUUCCAAACUCAAAAUUUCUUACAUUACACAUUAUUUCCUACAUUAUAAAUUUAUUCAGCUGGCCGGCUUAUGAAACGUCCAGAUUAUCAUCAUUAUAAAUUAAAAUCAUAAUUACCUAUUUCAAUUUAAUUGUAGUUUCAUUUAAAAUUAACGUUAUUAAUUUACCUGUUUAUAUCGCUUAUGUAACUAAUUUCAUAGGAAUAUAUUGGUUUCGCUUUAUAUUUAUGUUUCUGACAACGAAUUUUGAAUCGAUUAGGCUCAUACUAACCUACUUUAUUUCUCACAUUGCUAUAAGUGACUGAGUGCCAUUUUUCUUAGCUAUCGUGGAUUCUUGCUUCAGUAAAAUGAAAUGUUAUGGUAACUUUACAAUUAGGUAACUUUAAGUUUAUCUUUAAGAUGUACAUCCGUCACAAAUAUACUCUUCAAGGAAUUUAUUUGCAAAAGCAAAACGACAUUCAUAUCGUUGUUUUAUAGAAUUUUAGAAUAAAUAAGUUAACUCCUUAAAUUGAUCUCAAUACUCAGUUCAUUUCCUUCCACACCACACACACAUACACACACAUCUUAACAUGACAGAUAAGGUUACGUUCCGCGAUUAUUGAAUUUCGAUUUGUCACGAAUUUAUAUUGACUACGGGAAUUAACAUUUAUAAAACUCCAGGUUCAGAAAGCGUAUGUUUGCUCCAAAUAUUGAAGCUGAAUAAAACACAUUAGCAAUUGAAAGUCAGUUUGAAACCCGAGCUAAUUUAAUUAAAAAAUCGUAAAGGAAUAAAAUUGUUUUAGCACAAAAUUUCACCGUACAGCUGCUAUUCUUAUUCCGGUCUCACUUUCAAACUUCUAAAUGAGCGCUUUCCUACAACAUUUGCGGAAGUUUUGGCAUAUAAUAUGUGAAGUAAAAAAAACGUUAAGUCUCUAUAGGCAAAUUAAACAAACAUAAUUAGGAAACUAAUAAUAAUCUUCUAACUGCUGUCAGUAAACAAUUUAAUUCUUGUAAAAACGAAACAUUUUUAAAGGACUUAGUCAUAAUAAGUGUUUUCAGCAAAUAAGUAUUAUAUUUACGAGCACCUGGAACUUACCCAUGGGAUUUUUUCUCGUACAUACGGUUUUCAUAAUUCUGUUCCAUUUAUCAAUAUUUACUACCUGCUUAGCUAAUUCAACACAAUAUUGUCAGAGACUAGUUAAUUUUACGCAUUUUAUAUACUCAUAUUAUAUAUUUUUGAAUACUCAAUCGAAUAUUACCGUAUUAUUAAUAAUAUUAUUGCCACUACAGUUUUUGCUUUUGAACGUUUUUCUCACCUGAUUUAGAUAUGACUAGGUAAGUAUUCAUACCACCUUCAACUGCUUACCUCUAACAAAGUGCCAAAUCACGGACCACUCAGCCUUUUCAAUUAAAUUUCUCUUAACUCCCUCCGUAGAAUUAUUUAUUACACGAACUACGACAGGACCCGUAAAUAUACCUUUUCAUUUUAAACAUUUAUUAUUGACUGAAUAUAGCUUAAAUAACAAACAUUUAUAUACGGUAGACAGGAAAAUGUGAGCUCCACGAAUUUAAUAUCACCCGGGAGAAAUAUAUUUGGUUAUUAUUCAAUAUCGCUUGAAGGUAUGCUUCAACUUCAAAUACUGAACUAUAACAUUUUAGUAUAAUAUUUCAUGGCACUAGAACAUGGCUAUAUUUUUUCAUAACUUGCCUAUCACACAACCUAAUCGUUCCUCUAACAUUUACGUGCCUCCAAAAGUUCACAUUUAUUAGCAUUAAAAUAAGAAAUGGGCCCACCUUUUAUUAUAGUGAUUAAAUUAUGUAUUUCCAACUCAUGUAGGAUAGGUUAAAUGAAAAUUUCAAUUACGAUACUAAGUGCUUGCAAUGAGCAGAUAUAUUUUUACAGUAACGAAUCUAAAGUUAUAUUUAGGCUGACAUUUGUUAUCGAGAUCGUUUGACUGCGUACAAUCUUUUUCAUGUAACAGGUUGUCAUUCGUUAUAUUCUAAUUUACGAAUUUAUCGAUCGUUUUUAUAUUUUUGACUCAAGUGUCGCGGUUGCGAUUAUGAACUUCUUAUGCAAUGACAUCUUUACCUAAUAUUUUUUAGGAAAUGUAUAUUCUUUAGUUAAUUGAUGUAUCUUAUACUAGGUAUAUCGAUUUUCGCUCCUGAUGGCAUUGCAGCACCUCUAUUGCUAUUUUAAUUAAGAUCAGAUUGGUUUAUUAGAAUCCGCCGCGGAGCUACCACGAGCGAAAACUUUCAAUUAAAGUGUAGUUAAUCAAUGAAAAUUAAAUUUUAUUGAGGUAGUGUCGACUCCGCGGCCGCGUUAUGUGGAAGAAAACAGAUAUUAAAGUAUUACUGUCCUGGGAGGUUAAAAUUGCCACAUCCAAGCAAUUCAUCUAAAAAAGCAAUAUUGCAAUUUGACAUUUGCGCAUAUGAAAGUAAGUAUUUCAAACAGCAAUAUCGCUUUCUUAGGUGAAUUGCUUCGAUGUGGCCAUUAUAACCCCCCUGUUCUUUUCCGUACAUAUUUGUAACAUACUCGACCACAGCGAAUCGACACAACCCCGAUUUUUAAUACUGAUUUGUGUAGCUACUCAUUUCUAAUUAGUCGAUGUUAUUUUGUAUAUUUUUUUACAAACGUAGUUGUAAUCUUAAAGUACUUAAUCAUAGAAUUUAAAGAAAGUGAAUAGGCCAUAUUAUAGAUGUAAGUUAUCUGUAACCAAGACAUUUGUUAAAGCAACAAAUUGAAUGUAUUUGUGGAAUCAAUUGUAAAUAUUUAUGUAUGAUGGUCGUAAAAAUAAAUGGACUUUACCGUAA